CUCAUCCUUUGACUGUGUCUCUACUCUCUCUCUCUCUCUCUCUCUCUCUCUCUCUAUCUUCAUAUCUGCAAUCGCCUUUUGGGUAUUGUUGUGAAUUCGAUCUGAAGUUUUUGAGGAUAAGCUAUUUGGAAUUUGGGUUUUCUUCCUCACGAAUCGGCUCUCACUGAACUUUGAAUCGGUUGUGGAAAAGGUUAACAGUCGUGGCGAUCAGAUUACUGAAAGAACAGCAUGCGGUGGUAUUGUCUCUCUGUUGAUGUUUGCCGGAAAGUUAUCUCCUUGAACUUGUACUGUCGUGUGAUCCUGUAAUCCCUUCAAACAAACCCACAAAACCCUUUAAUAUCCUCUCUUUCGAUCCAUAUCCAUAACCUUCCAUGGGAUCCAAUUUGUUUGUUGUCAUUCCCUGCUACAUCCGCUGGAUUAGCUGAACUUUCUUUAUAAUUUUCUUCUCAUUUCUGACCCACCAUCGAUCUUUGUUUGUUAUCGGGAUUGAAUUUUUGUUGGGUUUUGUUUGAAUUCUUGUUUGCCGAAGAUUGUGGUGUUGUUUUUAUUAUAAAAAGGGUUGGGAAGUUGUAGUUAUGGUGUGCCAAGCAGCGAGCCAAACAAGAUUUCGGGCAUUGAAACACGAGAGUGGGAUUGCUGGGAGUGCCACCAUUAUAGUUAGAGUCAUUGCUUGUUUUCAACCUCUACAGGAUUGCCAGGCUGAAUAUUUUCGUCACUUGCUUAAACCCGUUACGUAGAUUGAUUUAUUUUCCACGCCAUUAAUUUGAUUGUGUUCAAGUAAAGCUGGAGUAUUUAGUUUUCUGUUUUUUUCACUUUGUUCCUGAAAGAAAAAGCAGCAAGUAAUCAGUGAUCUGUUGUAAUACUACCGACAUUGUUAUACUGGUAAUUGUUGUUCUGUUUGGAUGGAAAAGGACUUUGGAUCCUGGUUUCAUAGCCAGCUUUCGGAUCGGCAAUCACCCAAUUUGAAUACCUUGAUUGCUCCAUUCAACCCGGGUCAGCAGAAUGCUAUCCCUGCUUGUAUGAGCCCUUGUGCUAAUUUGGUUUCUUCAAAUGGGACUUUGCCCGGGCCCGACUUUUCUGGGGUUCCUCAUUCUAAGGUGAACCCACCAAAUGAACCUCACGGUUGGUUCUAUUGUUUACCUCGAUAUCGUCAGGCUUUCACUCCUGUGUCGAAUUCCAUUUUGAAACAGAAAAUCCAUGCUGGUGCCCAUGAGAAUUGCAAGGAGGUGGUCACACCCGAUCCAACAUCUGUUUGUGCUCAGAAGAGAUUCCUUGUGUUUGAUCAAUCCGGUGAUCAAACAACCUUGAUUUUUGGCUCCAGGAUGGGGACCCCAGUCCCAUGCAUGACUUCUUGGGUUCCUAAACUCAAUAGUGUGUAUGAUUUGAGUAAGACACAGCUAGGAGCUGAAAGAGUUAACAUUCAGCGUCCAGAGCCCAUUUUGACUGAUGAGUACAAUGAAAAUCACCAAGAUGAUGUGCGAAGUGAGAUGCAUGAAGAUACUGAAGAAAUCAAUGCACUGCUCUACUCUGAUAAUGAUGAUUAUUCUGAGGAUGAUGAAGAAGCAAGCACGGGCCAUUCGCCCAGUACAAUGACAGCUUACAAUAAACAAGAAUUGCUCGAGGAAGGUGAAGAAGUUGAUAGUUCUGCCGGGCCUGCCAAAAGGAUGAAGUUGUUUGAUGGAGGUUAUGAUGUGCCAUCACUCAAGGACACUGCAACAAGCUCUGUUAAAUCCAAAAGAUGCGUCCGUUAUGAAGAUGACGCAGAAUCUAGUUGUGCUGAUGGGAUAAAACAUUGUUCACGAGAAUUUGGAUCCUUGGUAGGGAACAAGAGGUUGAGAAAGGAGAAAAUCCGAGAGACAGUGAGCAUUAUUCAGAGCAUAAUUCCUGGGGGGAAUGUGAAGGGCAAGAAUGCAAUUGUGAUUCUGGACGAAGCUAUUAGUUACUUGAAAUCCUUGAAGCAUAAAGCCGAGGCUUUAGGCAUUGAUUCGCUCUGAAACGCUAUGUCUUACUUGUAUUAGUAGUAGCAGUGUUUAUGGUAAAUCUUAGUAGUGGUUACUAUGGUUCAACGAUGUAAAUGGGCUCUGCGAAUAAGUUGGAUAAACUACUGUUGGGAGUGAUUGAGCGGGGUGGGGUUUGUUAUCGAGCGAGCUUGAGCCCCACGCGAAAUCUUUCUUCAACUAUUUCAGUUGGAACCAGUAGCUCUGGUUUUUGAAAUUUCUUGAAUAUUAGUACCUUAAUGCCCGCGAAGUGAAUUGUUGGAAGUCUUGGGGUUGAGAGAAGACAGAAAAAACCGCCUCAACCAGUGAGGGUGGCUCUGUGGAUCCAAAGACUUCUUCAUAGACUAAGGAUAGUGCAUGCCAAACAAAUGGUUGUCUUCAUCGGGAUCCAAGUCUCUUCAUCGGGACCGGUCUCACUUCCUCACCCUUUUGUGUUCUUUUGUUACGCUAUCUAUCCUUCGUGGGAUUUUCUUUUCUGUUUGCAGGAUAUUGAACAAGCGAAGUCACUUCUCUAUUUCAUAGCAAUUCAUGAUCAUGUUGUUGCAGUGAACCACACUCUCUCUCGUUGGCUAUGUGGUGGUGGUGCUCUCUGCUGUUUCAUAUCCUUAUGUGGUUGUUAUCAGUUUAUCUAUGUGUGAUUUGGAUGACAAUUUUUUUUCUAGUGGUUGUGAAUGGGUUGUUAUUUGAUGAUGGGAAUGUUGGUUGGAUUGGGUGUAAUUUUGAAGGGGGGUGGGGGGGUGUGUGUUUGGAGUUGGUGUUGUCUUUAUGUUUGUGUUGUUACGUCGCAUGCACGCAUUUAUAAUAGGAGACAACGAUGUAUGUAUGUGUUAUAUAUAUCGUGUGAUUCCUUUC